AUGAUAUGUAUCAACUGCGGGAAUCAUGUUGAUACAUUAUAUGUGAUGUAUUCAGGUAAUCACAUCAGAUUGACUGAUUGUUCGAAUUGUCAUAUGGUUGUUGAUCAAUACGUUGAAUUCGAUAAUGUACUACUAUUUAUUAAUUUGCUUCUAUUAAAGCCGGACGCUUAUAGACAUUUAGUUUUCAAUUCGUUAGAAAUGGGUCUACGGGACUACCCAGACUAUUUUGACUAUUCUAAAGGCCGUACUUGGCUUAUUUAUGCAUACAAUUGGAUUAUUUGGCUUAAAAAGUUUGACCGUCUAAAUCGAAUUUGGCUAUUAUUAAUUACGUUUGAAGUAUAUUUAACGUGGGCUACUGCCGAAAAGAAGUGUGGUUAUUAUCAAAAUUACGUGGAGACUUAUAAUGCUAAGCUUAUAACGUAUGAAGCGCUCAGCAUGAGGAGCCCGUUAUACCAAUAUACGUUUUUUGCAUUUUAUGUUUUAGGAGAUCUUACAUGCCUGCAUAAAAUAGUUCAUUAUUACUUGUUGAGAUGGUCUAAAUGGGGAUCCCAGUACAAAUAUGCCAAGGAUAUCAUCUCUUAUACGAUGUUGUUAUCUUAUGGAGCGAAAAUAUUUCCAAUAUUAAUGUUGAUAUGGCCGUAUGAUGGAUUGGUUUCGACGAGUAUUAUUAAGUGGAUCGCGAAUAUCUAUAUAAUCGAGUCGUUGAAAAUUGUGACCAAUAAGCCAUACCUCGAGAUUGUCACAUUGGUGUGUUUUGUAUCCUUAAUUCGGUGUGUGACAGUUAAACCAAUUAUGGCCUUCUUAAUCUCUAAGGGAAAUAUAACGGUCUUCCUAAGUUACUUGCAAGGCGAACUCGGGUUAUUCAAGUACAGGUUUCUUACAAAAAGAGAUAUCUUUCUAUAA